UGCGUGACUCAAACACUGGCUGGUUGGACGUGAAUAAUACUCUUUACUCUAGUCUCUCGCGACAUCCGAUCAAGAGCGGACGCGCCCGCCAUUUGCAAUUAUUUCCCGCCUAAUUUUGACAGUUCUCUGUGAUCGUCAAUUUAUUAUUUAGAAAAAUAAUUUUAAACAAUCCAACAUGUCUACAACAGCAGACACAAGUAAGAAUGCAGCAGCGCAGAAUUUGAUGGAGAAAGCUCCAUGGACUGACGAGCAAGGCAUAGCAAUGAAGGUGUACAAUGGCAUCUCGUUGGCGCUGGAGAUCCUGGUGCUGUACGUCAAGAUGACCCUCACCUGGUUCCACUGCCUCUACCAGUUCUUCGUACCACCAGAACCCAAGAGCGUCAAAGGGGAAAUCAUACUGAUAACUGGUGCAGGCCACGGCAUGGGUCGGGAGACGGCGUUGCGGUUCGGCAAGCUGGGCGGCAUCAUCGUCUGCGUGGACAUCAACCCCACUGGCAACCAGGAGACUGUUGACAUGAUCAAGGAACAAAAGGGAAAGGCUUAUCGAUAUGAAUGUGACGUCACAGACCGUGAAGCCAUAGCAGUGUUGGCAGAGAAGAUCCGUCGCGAAGUGGGUGAGGUGACCAUGUUGGUGAACAACGCUGGUAUCAUGCCCUGCAAGCCCCUGCUGCAGACCUCCGAGAAGGAGAUCCGCACCUCAUUUGAAGUUAACAUCAUCGCUCAUUUAUGGCUUCUCCAAACCUUCCUCCCAUCAAUGAUGGAGCGCAACCACGGCCACAUCGUGGCGAUGUCGUCGAUGGCCGGCGUGGUGGGGCUGCGCAACCUCGUCCCCUACUGCGCCACCAAGUUCGCCGUGCGAGGACUCAUGGAGGCACUGCAUGAGGAACUCAGAGAGGACAAGACUAAGGACUACAGUGGUAUUAAAUUCACAGUGAUCUGUCCGUACAUUGUGGACACGGGGCUGUGCAAGAACCCGAAGGUGAAGUUCCCCACCUUGAUGAAGAUCCUGACUCCUCAGGAGGCAUCCGACCAGAUCGUAGACGCCGUCAGGAGGAACUACAAUGAAAUCACCAUUCCUAGCUCACUCUAUUACAUUAACAUGAUAUGCAGAGUUUUCCCGAAGCAAGUGCCACUAUACCUAAAGGACUUCUUAGAUUCUGGCCUAGAAGCCGACCCUUAAAUAUGAUAAACAUUUAAGUUAUUAGGGGGACAUAGUAACCUAAAGGGAAUAACGCAAGGAUUAGGCUCAAGUCGUAAGGACCAAAAAUCUAGAUCUACCUUAGCUUUAGAUCACGAAAAGUACAUAAAUACCUACUUAAAAUUUAAUGGUUUUAUAAGUACGAAUUUAAAGCUAA